GCACAGUGUCUCGGCACGGGCGCGAGCGAGCGCAGCUGCAGCCCGUGCGCCCCUCUCUCGCUCUCUCUCUCUCAACGCACACACGCAACGGAAAGCGUCCGCGUGAGAGAGUACGACACAUUAUACAUACCCUUUCUCUGCUCGUCCACACCUGUCCAAGUCUACUGCUGGGCCGUGGAGAAGGAGAACAGCCAUGCUUCGAGCUAGACUCUCUCGGUGAAGAGAGGGAGUCUCGUGUGAGUGUGUGUGUGUCUGUGUAGCAGAGCUUGCAAGCUCCGGAUCUCGUGUGUUUUGUUGGUGCCGCGGGUACACGGUGUGCAGUGAGUGUCACAGGGCUGCAAUGUGACGACACGACGGUGUGCUGGAAGAAAGAAGAGGAAGACAGAGUGUGAGAGAGAGAGAGAGAGGCUGGAGCUUCUCCGGGACGAGAAUGAGGGGCCACAGGAAGAGGCCGAGCCGCCCCGACGGCUGCUCUUCCGCUUCAUAGGGAUCGCCGGCCUCAUCGACGCGGGCCGUCGACGAAGAAGAAGCAGCAGCUGGCGGCGGUGAAGCGUCACCACCACAAUGGAGGCGGAGAUAGAACUGGACAAGCAGACGUUCCUGCAGAAGCUACUCUUCUACACAACCGCGUUCUUCAUCCUCCUCGGCACCUUCAGCCUCUUCGCCUUUCUCUUCCUGGUGCCGUUCGUCAUCGAUCCGGCUUUCACCACCAUCUUCAUGCAGUUUGACACGCGGCCCGCCGAGUGCGUCACCAUCGACGUCGAGUCCAGGAGAGGUACGAGCAACUGCUCCUGGACGUCGUGUAGAGAGGGUUGCACGAAGGAGUUGUUCGAGUGCACGCAAAUACGCGUGAAUUACAAGCUGCCAGUGAACGUUUCGGAAGAGUUGGACGAGGUAGGGGGUGUCGGGAAGGACGAGGCCGUAGGUAAAAAGCCGCGACUUGAGCGAUCGCUCAGGGAGUACGACUACAUCGAGGACCUCGACGACGACGAGCUCAACGAUGACGAUGACGACGGACUGCCCAAACCCUUUCCCACAGGUCUCAUGGGAAACGACUCCGAGUGGUACUUCACGGGGGCGAAGCUCUUCCCGAACGUCAAGGGUUGCGGCUACCCGCCGAUGCUCAACUGCACUAUUUUCAUCAGACAGUACGCGACUUUGGGACAGAACUUCAGCUGCUACUACUCGAAAGUCAAUCCUGGUAUCGUCAUCAGCGACCUCGACAUGUGGCAGGUGUACAUGAACCUCGUCUACGCGAUGGCCAUCCCAAUACCGUCUUUCAUAAUCUCGGUGAUCUACCUCACCAUCGCCUACUUCAAGAUCUACAACGAAGACGAGGUGGCUCUCGUCGGCGCCGAGGAGGACGGCGGCCAGGGCGAGGAGGGAACCGACAUGGAGGCGGGCAACGACGGGACGCCGAUACCACCGGCCUCCGGAGCCAUCACUCCUGGAAGCGAAGCUUUCCGCGAGGAUCUCGCCAGUUUCGGACAUCAGUUCAAAGUCGCCAUGGCCGACGAUAUCAGCAGGGAGAGCCUCGACUGCUACUCCGUUCACGGAAGCUUGAGCAAGACGAUGACGACGAGUAUCUCAACGCACCCUGGGCCGACGGCGGCAGUUUGAAGCGUCGCUACCAGGGCUUGAAGGAUAUCUCGUGGAGGCCGCGCUAAAUGCGGGAGUUCUCCAGAAACCUCACACAAAAAAUCGACGUGUCUCGGUUCUCCCCCGACCGACUAUAUUAUACACACGCGUAUAUAGUACAUCACAUCAGCACAAGAGAACCGGCGUCGACGAUCGGGCGACGGCGCGUCGCCAACCGAUCGACCUACUAUUAUUAUACUAUACUACUGGAUACGGUGCACACACACACACACACACACACACAGUCAUACACAUAUUACAUAUUCUAAAAUGAAAAACCAGUGACAAGGAGAACGUUUUGCGCGCUUGGUAUAUACAUAUAUAUAUAUAUAUAUAUACGUAUACAUAUAAAGCUAGCACGACAACGACGACUCUGAAAAAAUGGCAAAAAUAUACAUAAACAAAAGCGGAAUAAAUAGUGCGUCGUUUUCCGCGCUCGCACUGAGGAGGAGCAUGUUUAUCGCAGACUUUUGAACACACGUACGAAAUGUGGCUGGUGUCACUCGAAAUUACAUCGGCGCUGUAAGAUAAUUAUUAUAAUAACGAGCGGCUUUACGGGAAAGGGUUCGUAAAUUUUUGUACGAGACGUGUACAUAAUACGGAGUCGAAUUACGUAACGAAAUCGUUAUUUGCGCUCGCGCGGGCUGGUUUCUUCUCGUUUUGGGCUGAUGAUUUUUUAUAACGAAAAAAAAAUUGAUAAAUAAGUGAAUAAAAACAUUGUGAGGUCGAGUUUGAUAUACAUACACGAGAGUGCACAGAGCGUGAGAAAGGCCGUUUUGUAUUUAAGCACAAAGAUCCUUAUCGUUUGCUUUCUGUAAUAUUCUCUUUAUCUGCUGCAAUUAAGAUUUCCGAUUUUUGUCGAUCUUCGUCCCGUACCCGUAUAUUUUUUCAUAAUAGCAAUGCAUAACAUGAUUUCUGAGCCGUAACGUAUUUUUUCGAAAAGCAAUAAAAUACAUAACGUGUACAUAAUAAAAUAUAAAGAAUGCAAGGUUCUCUAUACAUUAAUAGAGGCAUGAGGAGUCGUAUGCAUAGUAAGCACAUAAAGUAGCUUCACUUAAAGGCAGAAAAAUUUCUAGCUAUACUGGAUGUGAUCGUAAAUUAGCCCCAAUAAACUAUUCAAACAAAAUAAAAAGAUACUACUAUCCCGACAUAAACAAAAUCGUACUAUGCGUACCGCUCGUGCUGCCUGAAAAUCCAAGUAUAAAAGAUACACUUCUUCUCAGUGUGACGUAUGUACCUUCGAAUUUUUCCAGCUGCGAGACUGCGCGCUUCUAUUACUUAUUAUUAUAUACACAAUAAAAGAUUAUAAAAUGACGAGACAUUAUUAUAUAAUAUAGACACAAAAAAACACACACACACACACACACACUCUUCACCCCGCAAUGUGUUCAACGCGCUCGGGCUUUUCCUCUCGGCGGCUAAUGCGUUAUUAUGUAUAAAGACGCCGAGAGGAAGAUCCGCAUCGAAACUGGGAAGAAGAUCGGACUUUCUUCCCGAUUGCGCCGACGGACCUUAUUACGAUAUAUAUACGCAUACGCGCAGCAAGAAUCUAUAUAUGCAAAUGCAAAUAUACACGCAGGAUGAUUAUAAUUAUAUAAACGAGAAAAUAAUCGAUAAACAAAAAAAUUAUAUUAAAUGCAAUAUACCGUUGCGCGAUUCACUCGAUCGAAAGUUUUUUAAUUCACAGGGAGGAGUUUGACGCAGGAUUGGGAGUCGAUUCUAUAGCCUUAAUUUCGGGAAUAGAGACAUGUCUAUAUAAUUAAUUGCCUUUGCCAAGAUUUUAUCGUAUAAAAACAAAAUAUUCUACACACACAUACACACACAUACACUCACAUAUACACGAGAAGCUUGUAAUUUCGAUAUUUUCGUCCCAAAACUGCUUCAAAGUCCGCAAUGGGGCGAGGCCAUGCAUAGCGUUAUUAUACACUUCAAAUAACGAACUCGAGACGGUUCUCGGAUCAGGAACGUGACGCGUAUAUAUAUAUAUAUAUAUAUAUAUAUAUAUACGCGGAGGAAUAUAUAUCAGGAACGUGACGCGUAUAUAUAUAUAUAUAUAUAUAUAGAGAGAGAGAGAGAGAGAGAGAGAGAGAGAGAGAGCAGAAAUUAUAAUAAUACCAACGCAUAUAUGCAUACUCUGUUGCCUGGACACGGCGGAAAGAACGAAUCCCGAGUUCGGCCCAUCGAAGUAUAUUAUAAUAAAUAUACAAUACAUGCGCAAGCUUACGAGAUGUAUACGCUAUAUACAUACAUAUAUAUGUAUAUGUAUCGACGACGAAUUUUCUACAUGUGCAAUUAGGGCUGUAGAGUUGCGGUGUGCAGCGUAUGAAUGUGCUACGACGUAACGUUUCCGUGCGCUUGGAUGGUCUUCUCCUUCAUUCCUUUCGAGAUAGAUAAUCGAGCAAUAAAGUCGAGCAAGAAGUCAAUAUAUAAUCGAGCAGCAGCAGCACUAUAUAUACAUAGUUUGGAUCGCGGUGGGCCAGACUCGGCGUUUCUUCCUUUCGACGAUUACAUGUAAACAUUACUCGAGAAAUUAAAAGAGAAAUUAUCUAUACCGAUACCGUUGAAAAGUAAUAUAAAGAAUUUAAGAUGACAGAGUGUAAUUUAAGCGAUUGCAGAGGCUUGUUGUAUGAUCGUAUAUUGAGUACCGCAUUUCCAGUCUAUACUAUAUAUGUGCAUCGCAGAAAUAGCGCGAGAUUCUGAUGUUGUUGACGGUAUUACAAUUAUUUUCUGGCCUUUUUUAUCGAGAGAAUCGCUAAAUUAUCGGUUUAUCUAUUAGGUUAUCGAAAAUUGUACAGCCACAGCAUGACUUUACGCCACUUUUAAGGUAAAUUAAAACCCGACGACAUUUUCAUUGAUGAAAUAGUCUAUAUACAUAUGAUAUUGAAGAGAAAUGCCAGAGGAGCACGAGGCGACGAUAACAUUGUAUGAUUAUAGAGGGUGCACACUGAUGAAACAUAAACAAGAGAGAAUCAACAAACACACACACAUAUUGCGAACGUGAAUAUCCGUCUGCAGACGUCAUGUUCCUUUUGUUGUUCAAGCUAUUUUUCCCCUCUGUGUGUGCUGUCGGUCGUACGCGUUAAUGAUACAGCUCUCCGAAUGACAAUUGCGCAGUCUACAAUGAAAGCUUGGCAAUUUCAUUCUCUAAAUCUGACAUUCUAAAGUAUAUUUAUACAUAUGACAUAAAACGUGUAAUAUUAUUCUUAAAUAAAACUUCGGCUUUUUUAAUGAGAAAAAUAUUUUAAAAGUAUAAACGAAAAAAAAUGCGACUGCAAGAGCUAUUUUUGAAAACACUUUUUCGAAAUUAUUUCGAUCUUUUAAUAAUGAACUAUUUUCUUUCUAACGAUCUAUAAAAGCAACGCGCAUGCAUACAUGAAUGCAAACAAACUCGAGAUAAGUUACGCUUUCUUUUAUCUUCGGUUUUGUAAACAACUUUGACCGUCCAAUGAUUUUGAUUUUCAAUGUGCUCGCUUAUAUUAACUCGUCAAUAAUACAACGCUACAAUUUCCUGACAAAAAACGUGAUGAUACAUGCAGAAUCCAAUAUACUAGCAUAUAAUUAUAAAGUCAUUAUAAGUCCUUUGUAAACUUGCAAAAAGUCCGACGCACAUACAUACAUUGAUCGAUACAUUUCAAUAAAAAAAAUGAAUACAUCAUACACAAAUUUAAUACACGCGCUUCUACAUACGGGGAAAGAUAAUUGAAUUGUUUUUAUGACUUAAGAACAAGUUGUCUGUGAUCUACAAUAAUUAAAAAAAUAAAUAAAUAAAAUAAUAAUUAAGUAUGGAAAAUUUAAGAGAGAAUAAUAUGAGAUAUAUGGCUGAAAAAUGCUUUCAAGCAAAUCGUUCGGCGAGUGAAGAUUUAGAAGAAAAAAAAAACGGAAUUAAGAGAAUAGUCGAACUACAACAAAUUUAAAAGCGGUUGAAAACGCCAUUACAAUUAUCACAUUACGCCGCUGUUUUAUUCGAGCUACUUUUCGCAAAAAGUAAAAUGGAAAGGACAGCCAAUGGAUGAAGUAAUAAUACAUAUGCAUCGCGCUCACGUGAAAAAUUUUAUGAAAAUUUAGAAAGUGACUUCGCUGGCAAAACAUAUUUUAAAGAGAAAAUGUUUGCCUCUCACAACUUUGGUUAUUACUACCGUUGGAACAUACGUAACAAAAAUUAAUAGACAUUUGUUGCAGAUAUUUUUACGAUAUUUCAACUACUAAUUACAUAUAUACGAUUAUACUUUUUAAAUGUUUUGCCAACGGCACUACUAGAUUCUUGAAAAAAAAAUCACAAGUACUUGCCCAUGAAGUCACAAAUUUAAAAAUUUUAAAAAAAGAAAAAAAAGAAAUGUUAUAGAUUAGUUAGUUAUAGGAUCGCAAAAACACCAAAAUCGUUCCUUCCACCCGCUCCGGCCGUGUUGUUUAAUUAUCAACUUUAAGGAAGAAAUAUAUCGCAAUUCACUCGUAAGGCUCGAAAGCUCUUCAAAACAAAAACUAAUUGCGCACCUCAGAAUGCAGUUUCUCAUAGUAUGUCAACCAUUAUCCUAAUAAAAAGCAGAGAUACUUACGUAAUACAAAAAUAAACGAAAAGCUUGCCACUGUCACAGAUGAUUAAUACGUUAUUCAGCCAGCGUGUCACGAAGAUAAAAAUAAAAGGAGACUUGAGACAAUUUUUGUACCCUUUUGGCACAUACACAAAGACACGUGCAACAUCGUCGACUUUAUAUUUAUGUACAGCAUUCAUUUAUUAUAAAUUUUCGACGUUAAUACGAAACUACGAUCGACUUCGUGUGGAAGUGUAUAUGGCUUUAUCUGCGGUUAAACAAUAAAAUGUUGUCGAAGCUUUUUUCCAUGCUACCUUUAA